UGUUUGGUAUGGUGGCACUUUAGUGAGAGAGAUUAAAUUGAAGAUAGUUCACCGUUUCUUUGCCGGGCGAGCUAGUGCCUCGAAGUGUUCUAUCUGUGACCUUGUGAGCAAUCGACGUUUGUGUCGUAAAAAUGAAGCUGUUCCCCGUUCGAAUGUCCAACAUCAACAAGAUGUUGGACUUUUAUUCGCAAUUUAAUCCAUCACCUCUGAGCAUCAAGCAGUUUAUUGAUUUUGGUCUCAAUGCAUGCCCGCAAAAAUCGUAUGUUUUUCUUCGGAAAGAGCUACCAGUUAGAUUGGCGAACAUCAUGAAGGAAAUCACACUGUUACCAGAAAGCCUGCUGCGUAUGCCUUCCGUUGGUUUGGUCAGCGCGUGGUACGUGAAAAGCUUUGAAGAAGUGCUGGCUUUCGAAAAAACUGAUCCAUCGGACAACAAUUUAGAGAAAUUCUGCAAAUCGCUUACACAAAUCCGUGAUCGCCACUCUGACGUAGUGCAAACGAUGGCCCAAGGUAUAUUGGAGCUAAAAGAAAGUCGCAACGGCGCAGUAGAACCGUCGACAGAGCUUUCAAUUCAGUAUUUUCUUGAUCGUCUUUAUAUGUCCCGUAUCAGCAUUCGAAUGCUCAUCAAUCAGCACACUAUUUUGUUUGGUGACAUACCUCAAACAGGACGACAUAUUGGCAGCAUAGAUCCAUUAUGCGAUCCUCAUAUGGUGGUUCGCGAUGCUUACGAAAAUGCUCGAUUUUUAUGCGAUCAAUAUUAUCUUGCUAGUCCGGAGCUAGAAGUUGAAGAACAUAACGAAAUUGACAAGGGCAACCCCAUAAAAAUUGUGUACGUACCCUCUCAUUUAUACCAUAUGCUUUUUGAGCUGUUUAAAAAUUCGAUGCGAGCCGUCAUGGAACAUCACGGUACUGAAAAUGAUGUCCCGCCAAUCAAAGUAACAAUCGUAAAAGGCAAGGAGGAUAUCUGUGUUAAGAUGUCCGAUCAGGGCGGUGGUAUUCCACGCUCACAAGUAGAUCAACUAUUUAAAUACAUGUACAGUACGGCACCGCAGCCACCGAAAUCUAAGACCGACCUUCCUUUAGUACCGUUAGCAGGUUACGGAUACGGGUUGCCAAUUUCUAGAUUAUACGCUCGAUACUUUCACGGCGAUUUAGUUCUUUUCUCGUGUGAAGGUUACGGUUCAGAUGCAAUAAUCUAUCUAAAGGCGUUUUCAGACGAAGCUAACGAGCUAUUACCGAUUUUCAAUAAAACCAGCACAAAAUUCUAUAAGGCAACGGUUCCAACCGGUGAUUGGUCGAAUCAGGGUAAAAACUUUACCAACAGAUUGUUGUAGCCGCGAUGCACUUUAACACCAUUGUAGGAAUAUGGUAUAAGAGGAUAUGAAGAGAUGAUAAAACGAUGAUCAUCGUCUCGAUAUGAUCAUCGUCUCGAGUUUAGCACAUUUUGACGAGUUGUGUGUUUCCUGACCUUCUCCUAUUACUACGUGUUGCUGGGCUUCAACGAAUGGUUUGACAACUAUUAUUAUUGAUUUUAGCAAAUGUUUAUGUCAAUGUUACGUUUAAAUGUUACGUUUUGUGUUUGUUAUUUGUAU